GUAGCACAAGGGUUAAUGAAGUGCUGAAUUUAAGUUUCGUUUUCUGGGAACUUGAGCGGGAAGCGUUAUCUAUCUGGUUUAAGAAGGAAGGAAGGAUUUUUUGGAAUGUAGAAUGUCAAGUACGUGUAAGCUAAUACCCGAUGCCAUAGUCUGAGUAAUUCUUUUCGUCGUCACCUGAACAAGGUGAACUUAAUGCGUUUGGAAGUUCCAAGUUCUUUCAGACAAAUUCUAAUUCAGUGCUACAUUGAACAUAAGCUUAAGCAAAACAAGCAGAAGCAGGAAAAGCAACAAUUAACCGCCAAACAUGAGGCUUGUGUUGCUGGGGAAGAAUGAACUGGACAAUGGCCGAGUGGGAAACUUCAUCCUUGGAAGAGAUGCAUUUCAGACUGAAGCCCUUGAGGUUUGUGAAGAACAUGUAAGUGAGAGAGUCAGAGGACAGGUGGAGGGAAAAGCCAUCACAGUCAUUAACACUCCUGACCUAUUUCAUCCCCAACGCUCACAACAUGAGAUCUCGGUGGCAGUGAAAGAGUGUGUGGCCCUGUCUGCUCCAGGGCCUCAUGUAUUUCUACUGGUGCUGCAGCCUGACAGCUUCUCAGAGGAGGACAGACACAAAGUGAAAGUCAUACUGAACUUGUUCAGCGAUGAGGCCAUGAACUUUACCAUCGUACUAACUACUGUUAGAAGUGCGCAACAUGUCUCUACAACUUACACUGGUGAAAAAGAAGACCCUUUAGGCCUGAUCAUACAGGAGUGUAAGAUGAGGCAUCACAUGUUUGAUAAGAUUUACAGAUUUAGUCAAGUUCUUAAACUCUUUGAGAAGAUAGACAAGAUGAUGGAAGAGAAUGGGAGAAGACAUCUCACCUGUGAGGAAAUUGGGGUGAUACCAGGGGGCUCAUUACUUCCAGAGAGCAAACAGAAAGCAAAAAAAGGAAGAGAGAGUGAUUCUCACAAAGACAAAGAAUGGAAGAAGAAGAGAACAGGAGAGAUUAAAGAUAUUGCAGCCAUACAGCAAGCACAAGAAGUCAUGGCACAGGUUCAACACAGAUUUGAAAAGAAAAUCCAAACCCAUGCCAAUACCAACACAGAAUUUAUGAACUUCAUCAGAGACAUUAUGGCAGAUCUGCUAAAGAAGACGAUACAGAAAACCACUAUUGGUGUGUUUGGAAAGACAGGAGAUGGUAAAAGCUCCCUGAUAAAUGCCGUCCUAGAUGAGGAGGGGCUGUUACCAACAGGGACACUCGAUGCCUGUACAUAAGUCAUCAUACAAGUGGAGGCUGGGGCUGAGAGAGACCAGUACACAGCAACUAUUGAAUUCAUCUCAAAAGAGGCCUGGGAAAAUGAGCUAAAGAGCCUGCUAGGUUUUCUAGCAGAACAUGAGGAAAGUACGGUG